UAAUGUCAAAAUUUUUGUGUAUCGGAACGCAUUGCUGCCGACGUUUUUCCGUAAAAUCUUUCGAUGACUUGUGUAAAUUCAAUGUUAUUGAAUUGUUGAUGCGGUGACGGGACAAAACUGAUUAAAACCUUGUAGGAUACACCAGUUUUAAGUGUUGUGUAAUCUUUGUGCCGUGACAGACGCUGCAGGAAGGGUCAUCCAUGUUAAGUGGAACCUAAUCAAGGUUUCCAACUCAGGAUGUCUGACGACGAAAAUGAAUAUGAGCCGACCCCAGAGAGGAUCCAGGCCUUGGGCUUCAAGCCCCAGAAGGAGAUCCUCAUUAACACCCUCCUGCCAUACGCUGACCAGCUGGACGAUGAGUCUACUCGGCUAUUCCAGCAAAUCAAAGAGAACCUUGCAAAAGCAGUCAUGUUGCGGGAGAUGAAACCAGCCUGCGGAGUGUGGACCGCCAGGCUUAUGAAAUUUCUCAGAAUAUAUGGGUUGAAAUUUUCAAAGGAAGACCACAUAGCGCUGGUGAAGCUGGUAUAUGAGCUGGUGCUAAUCCCUGAUUUAGAACCCAGCAAAAUUCACAAGUUUGCCACACUCUUCAUUAUGUUGACAAAGAAGAGGUACUUGAUAACUCCAGAUGAACUGACGCUACCAUGGCGCCCUCUAUACCUCAUGGGGAAGAAAAUAUUUGACAAAAGCAGGACCCAUAUUGGAAUGUACCAUUACCUGACACCGCGCCGCGCGGCCGGUGGACAGAGCCCGGGCGUGCUGGACAUGAUCCGCAAGUUCCUGUCCGGGACAGGCCUGGACGAGGCCAUGGACAUGUUGGGAAUGUCCGGGACGGAGGCCGAACUGCCCACGUCUUUGGAGUCGUCAUAUUUGACAAUGGUCAAGUGCGCUAAGCCCUACUUCGAGCUAUCAGCCACCGCCGAGAUCCUGGCCGAGUUCCGGCCGCAGCUGGCGCCCUGGUCCUCGGACAACCACUUGCUGAGCCAGCUGGCGGUCCUGCUGCCCGUGUCGCUGCCGCCGGCCCGCGCCGCGCUCGGACACCAUCUGUGGCUGCAAGAGUUGAUGCAGCUGUGGGACACGUGUAAUAACUCCCAGUGCGGGGUCUCGGAAGUGAUGAUGCUAUUCUCGUCACUCGCCAAGCGGAACCCGGGUACCGUGGACUGGACGCCGCACGUGCCCAAGAUGUUCACUCGCUUCUUGCACGCCGUCAACCUGCCCGUCAGCUAUAAGGACAUGCAGUACACUAGGAGCCAUAGCCUUGAUACAAAAUACAUAGCUUCGUGGAUCGUGUGGACGAUAGCGCCUGACGGGCUGGUGUUGAAGCAUCUGCGUAUAUUCCUGACUGGCAUAGAGAGCUACCUGCACAGCGCCAACUCAGGGCGCUGGUCGUUCAGACUGCGGGAUCUGCUGAGGAAGCUGUCCAAGGAAUUCCUUAUGAGGGUCCGGCGCGAAAGAGACACAAAAUACAGACGCACAUGGGAGAACGAGACGCCCGACGGAUACAAACUGCGAGACCAAGACAUCACAGAGUUCGUCCAAAUAGUGCUCGAACCCACUCUGCUAGCCGUGCACAGCCGAAGCGGCUCCGUCGAUGUGUCUGCCGCCUUGCAAAACAUGGCCACUUUACGCCCCGCCCUUGUCAUACCACCCUUACUAGAACGAUUGAGGACCUCUCUUGAGUCCCUAACAGAACCGCAUAGGGUGACGGCGGCUAUGUCAGCCGUAGCAGCGGUGGCUAGACCGAUGCUCAGAGGCCCUGCCGCUGACUACCCCGAAGGACCCACGCAUGUUGUGCCGCUACUCAUGGGCGCAUUACCAGGCCUUGACCCUAACGAUAUCAAGAAGACACUAGUCUCCCUACAUUUCAUCCUGAUAUUCAGUUGGAUGGUGCCCUACAUAGACUGCAGUUCCGCAGCGGACCACUGGUCGGACUUGACAGAAGAAGAACUCCUGACUUGUGAGUCCACCGCCCAAUUCGAAGACUUUGUCCUACUCUUUUUCGAGCGACUCUUCGGGAUUGUCGAGUCGAGUGUAUUGGAAAAUGUUCGUUUAGAAUCCAAAGAGUCAGACGCGUUGAGGAGCAAGACAGAGUCGGUGAUUGAAACGGCAUUAUCAUCGGCUGCCACGUCAGUGUUGAUGCAAUGUUCGCCGAGAAUAUUCGACGAAGCUUUGAGGAAGUUUAAGCAUUUCGCCACAGACAGUACAUUCGAGACGAAUGUAGCUGGCAGUAUAGUCGGUGUAUUGCUUCGUGUCUUUGCCCGUGUCAACUCGGAAGCGACGCUAGCUGCCUUCGUGCCUCAACUGUGCGAGGAGAUAAACGAACUACUGAGUACAGACGAAGCUCUCAGAGAAGAGAACCCUCCCUGCGAGCUCGUCUAUCGCCUUCUCUUACUCUCUCACGCAGUUGAAUGCGACGGCAAAGUCCUAAUAAAAUACAUCCCGCAAAUAACAACAGUCCUAGACCGAGCGUUAAAACUACACGCCAAAGACGCGAUAAUGCGUGCAUGCGACAUUCUAGGCCACAUAAUGGCGUCGAUGAGUGUGGUCGAGCUUCGGGAGUUCAGGAGCACAAGUAAAGACUUCUCUAAAGCGCCUAAGGAAUGGUUGCCUAUUCGCGAGUGGGGGAAGGGUUGUCCUUUGAAAGAGGCGAAGUUUGUGUGGCACACCCCUAGUGAGGAAGAGGUGGCGUGUGCUCAGAAGCUUCUAGAUAAGUAUAUGAAGCCGGAAUUAACGAGGCUGCGGCAGUGGUUGGAUGGGGAGAGGGAUCUGUGCAGGAAGCGGAGAUUGAGGUGCUUCUACAUCAUCAAUGCGCUGACGUGUUGUGGAACUCUGUUGCCGCCGCCAGAGGAAGCGCCGGUUGAACUCGUGGAAUCCCUAGUACCAGCCACCACCUUCCCUCUCGCUUCCGGCGUGCGCCACCACCUCACGCUAGAGGGAGACAGCGUGCGCGUGUCGCUCGCGCGCCUGCUGCUGCGCGUGCAGGACAGGAUGCUGGACGCCGCCAAGGCAGACGAUACUAAGGGACUGGAGAUGCUGAUACAGGUGUGGGAGCGAGUAAGCGGCAUCCGUCCCUGUCGCAGCGGCCCCGGCAUGGAAGCCAGAAUGCGCUCCUACGCCGCCCUAGAGCGAGCCCUAGACGGGAAGGGCGGGCCUCCUGGCGGCGGGCGAAUUAGGACCUUAUUGGCUGAUGCUGUAAGGUUGCAAGAUGAAGCGCGGAUUGAUCUGCAGAAUGAUGCGGGUAUUGGGCCGACUGGGCUGUCGAUCAUGAACUCGCUGUUUCAGCUGUCGAUUAAUACGUAUACUUCUGUUCGCAUCCUAGCUCAAGUGCGUCUAUACUGGAUGAUAUCCCACCACGCGUAUUCAUUCAGAGCUCUGUUACCCCAACUAAAAGCUUUAUUGGCCACUGGCGGAACGGGCGAAGAAUGGCAUGCGAGACAUAAGGGCGCUUUGUACAUAAUGUUGGGCCCAAGGGUUGGCCCGUUGGUGGCCAAGCAGGACUGGGAGGUACUAAGGGUACUGUGGCCGGCCAUUUUGACGGCGCCGCUCAGCGAGAAACCGAGUAUUAUGAGACUAGAACAAGCGUUCAGCGAGACGCUUCACCGUCAGUUCCCCAACGUGAACACAGAACUGACAGUCCCGCAAUCUUGCGUAGACGCCGCAGAGUACUUCCUGACCACAGAGCAGAAACAAGACAAAACCUUCGUGGAGCAUUUGAGCAAGGCGGUGGAGACCGAGCGAGCGACUUCCGAUAGGAAUGUGGCUACGUACAAUGCUCUGCUUGAGGAGAUGGUGCGGAUUGCUGAGGCUCCUAAUAUUCCCUGGCGCCGACUGGAGCUAAUAAUGCAGAUGCUAACCUACUGCCCGAGCCUACAAACCCCAUACCCGCCCAGCGCAGUCCGAUUGAUAGUCAACUGUCUCAUCCACGACGACAUAGCAGUCAGACGUACGGCUAUUAGACUGACGCACUUCGCACUCAAGCAGAGGAAGCAUAAAGUGAAGAAGAUCACGAUUGAUCCGUAUGAAGCGGCUGGUGUUCCGAAGCCGGGGACUUUUGUGCCAGGAUACAGGAAAGACUUGGAAUGGGUGAUUUGGGACGAAUCUCGAGUGCCGAAGACAGACGAAGACUGGGACAAGCCGUGGCUCCGGAAUUCAUCCGUGGGAUUCUACGCCUGGCCUGAAAAACUUGAGGUGGCAGCACCAGCCAGCCAGCAAGUCCCUCUAGAUCGCGACGUAACCUCCAUGGAGGAAGGAGAGCGCCAUAUCUUCGAGUUCUUCACUAACGAGGCCAACAUAAACAGGCUGGUUGCCUUUCUGACUGUCGAGGAGAAAAAGGGCAAGGAUAAGUUUAGCGGCAGCCGCUUCGCUAUGUUUAGGCUGCUAUUCCGUUCGUACGGCGAGCGAGUCACCAACACGUUCCUCUCGCUCGCUCUCCCCCGAGCGGCUGACAGCCAAGAAGCUUCGCAGAGGUUCGCGGCGGAGGUGGCGGCGGCGGCUAUACGGGCCCCGCGGUACUGGCCGCGUGCGCAAGCGCAGGAGUGUCUGGUGAAAGCUACGGAUGUGUUGCAGGCUGGCUUAGCAGCCGUAACCCCCGAAACGAUGGAAGACUGGGGCACCUGCAUAGCGUCGGCCGUAGAGAACCUAGACCCGAACCGCAGCGCCGUCGUGAUAUCUUCACUAGUGGAGUCGUGCGCGCCGCAACCUACAAAGGAGAAUGAUGUCAAUCCCGACCAGACCACGUCGUUUGCGGUGCAGGCGAGGCUUUAUGCGCUACAGGGCGCGCUAGGGUCGCUGACUUGGCGGACGGCUCCUUUAGCAGCACAAAUACUGAGACAACUGGAGGAGGCCCGCUUCAUACAGCACCCGUACCAGAACGUACGCGAGAGCAUUGGCAGCCUCCUAAUGACGAUAUUCGACACGGAGCUGUCGUUCCCGGGCGGGUCUGCCGGGCCGGCGCCGCGGCUGGCGCAGUUCCUGGCCGACACCAAGCCGAAGUUGGCCGCGCUGUAUGAUGAGCAUGGGGAGAUUGUAAUAAAGAGCGCAGCAUCCAUGCCGAGCGGCCACAUAGCAUCCAGAGAGACUGUCGCGUCGGUGUCCACUGAGCCUGACAGGAACAGAGGGGAGUCCUUAGUGGCCGUGACAGUUGGGCGGUAUUCGCCUGACGCGCCCGGGGCGGAUGACGCUACGCCGCAAGGCGGCGCAGACAACCCAGACCCUGACAGCGAGGCAUUCACCAAGAUCGUGGACAGGACCGAGAAGCGGCUGUCCACGCGGCUGGAGGCGGCGCUGCGGCUCGGCGGGGACUCCGCGCCCGGGCCGCGCGAGCACGCCCGCGCCGUCAACUUGUUAACUACAGUGCUCCGCGGCUGCAUGGGCAUAAUCGUGCGCGGCGUGAACGGCGCUAUCACGACCCAGUACGAGCUGAUGCGCACGGCCUGCGCUUUAUCAGCCCGGGGGCCUCCCCAACCGCAUGACGAACUAGGCCGGGCAGCUGACGGCUUCCUCGCCAGCCUGGCCAUGGCCCACCACGGCGAAGAUUCCUUCGAUAUCGCUCUAGCGGCUAUUGAAGACGUGGCCACCAGCCGGUCGUGGUGGGCGAGGCUGGCGUGUGUGGAGUUCGCACAACCGUUAUUGUUUUAUGGACUGCCCAUGAUGUGUAAGGAGCCCAGUAGGGCGGUCAGGGCGGAGGAGUUCGCGUUGAAGUUGAUGCAGGAUAGCCGGCUUGAGGUGAGACAAGGCGCCGCCAAACUGCUCACCGGCCUGAUGCACUGCCAAGCACUGCCCAACGAGAACGCAACACUCAACAAACUCAUGAAAUUCUGCCGCUCAAAGGAGCUAGUGACGCGCCACAGCGGCGUGCUAGGUCUUUGCGCGUACCUCUCUUCCAGACCCUACAGUCUAGGACCCCGCAUCGGCAUCGUCCUAGCAGAACUGUCCCGUCACACUAACGCCCCGGACCCCGUCCCCUCCACCCUCAGAACUGCCCUGGCCGACUUCCGUAGAACCCACCAGGACGACUGGCCGAAGCACAGGGAGAACCUGACAGAAGAAGAGCUUGACUUACUGGCCGACCUGACAUCCCCGCCCACUUAUUGUGCAUAGUUGUUUACCCCCUGUUUCCCAUGGUGGCAUAUUUUUGGACGCGCUGCUAAGCCUAAUUAAAGUCGAUUGCCGCAGAGUUCUACGAUAGUAAUCGACAAAAAAUGCCUCAAGAAGCGUUAUAUUUUUCUUUGCAAUAAUCAUAAUAAUCUUCGCUUGCAAUAGAUCGCCUUAGAUUUGGUUUAUGAAAACUGGAUGCCAUGUUAAAAUCAUCUUAUGUGUUAUAUCAAGAACUAGACGAACGUAAAACAGAUGUUUAGCGCUGACAAAUGCCAUAUGAAUCUAUCGAAUAAUUCGAAUAGCAUUAUCAAAUACUCUUAUAAUCUGUUUUUUUAUACAAAGUGUUUUACGUAAAUGUGGUGUAGUUUUUACCUAAUCAAUGCUUUUAGUAUGACAAGGUCCCUGUAUUCUGCCUAAGUUGUUUUGUGGUGAUGGUUCACACGUUCUGCCAUUGUUCAAUGUAGGUGUUAGAUUUUCAUUUGUUAUGUGUGAUUAAUUAUUUACCUCAACCUAUAUUACCUUUGUUGGAGUGAGAGUAAAAUUUAUUAGUGUGAAUUAAAUAAAGAUAAAAAAAAUAUGUUUUGACGAAAUACAUUGUGUAUGGCUUUGGCUUAGUAACAUUAUGGGAGACAUCAAAUUAUAUUGAUUAAUAUAUUACCUACUUAAUAAAAUCUGUAUAUUUUAUGCACAUUGCAUAAAAUGGGUGACCUGAAUUUAAAAUAUGGGGAUGCAUAGAUCUAUCUAUCAGGAAAAGGUGUUGUAAAUAUAAAUACUAUGUAUAAAAUAUAAAUUGUAACCGUUUAUUAUAGGGUUAAAAAUAAACAUGUAAAUGAUU